AUGACAUUCUCAAAAUUUAACCAUUCUGAGUACGAGGAGGAAAUAAAUGUAUUAUUGUAUUUGUCUCUUUCAGAACAUAAAAGAGACCGGAUAGAGUCUAUAGUAAAACACCUGUGUGCGGUGCUCACGUUGGCUGCUUUUAUCGUCGCAGUCACCUUUAUGAACGUUAAUCGUUGGACUCCAGAGGUCAGUGACUAUGGUCCAAAGACAGAACUGGCGUUUUUCAUCAUAGGACUAGUGCCAUAUCUCUCUAUUCCGGUAGCAAUUCUAAAUUGUUUUGGAAUAUUGUUUUACAAUCCAUUCUACAAAACCAAUAGGAUUUUACCGAAAUUAUCGUCUGUACCAUUCCUUUGUCUCCGAAUUGUUACCAGAGGUGACAUGCCAGAUUUUGUUAUACGAAACGCGAAAUAUAACAGAGAUCUAUGCUUGAAUUUAGGCCUUCAACACUUCAUGGUAGAAAUAGUGACGGACAAACCAGUAAAUUGCCAAGAGAAAGACAGGAUACGAGAAAUUGUUGUUCCAAAGGGCUACAGUACAAAGAAUGGAAGUUUGUAUAAAGCAAGAGCUCUUAAUUAUUGUUUAGAAAGUCAUGUGAACUUAUUGGCUGGAAACGACUGGAUUGUACAUUUAGACGAAGAAACAUUACUUACUGAAGCGUCGGUGUCGGGAAUUUUACACUUCGUGACAGAUGGAAGUGGUGAUAUUGGACAGGGACCAAUAAGUUACGCAAAUGGAAAGAUUAUUAAUAACUGGAUAACAACAUUAGCUGACAGUGUGAGGCUGGCAAUGGAUUACUCUUUAUUUAGGUUUCAGUUUGCGUUCUUGAACAGGCCUGUCUUUGGUUUCAAAGGAUCAUAUGUCGUUGUCCGCAACAACGUAGAAAUGGAAGUUGGCCUUGACAAUGGGCCAGACGGAAGUAUUGCCGAAGAUUGCUUCUUUGCAUUAAAAGCUUGGUCAAAAGGAUAUAAAUUUGAGUUCAUCACAGGGGAAAUGCUUGAAAAAAGUCCUUUCACCCUGAAAGACUUCAUUCGUCAACGGCGGCGGUGGUUUGUUGGCCAGUUUUACACUGUGCUUAGUAAAGAGAUUCCCCUUGUUUAUAAACUUGGAAUUUGUUCAUCAAUCAUCUGCUGUAUAUUGAUGCCCAUAAGUCUUUCAAACGUUUACAUAGACUCAUUUUAUCCAAUGCACAGACCAUUGAUAUGUUCCUUACUUAAUGGUCUCGUAGGUGGAACAUUCGGAUUCCUCUACUGUUUUGGAGCAUUUGUUUCUUGUUCUGGCAGGAAUUGGUCAUUAAUAAGACGUAUAUUUAUCAGCCUGUCGUGUUGUGUUUUAAUUGUACCAAUUGCCGCAGCAAUGGAGAGCAUAGCCGCUUACUGGGGACUUAUGACCUUAAAUUCUAACGAAUUCUUUAUAGUGCAAAAAGAAGUUCCAAAACGAGUCCAACCUACAGGCCAUUCAAAGAUCAUGUGA